CCCAUGGAAUUCAAGGAAGAUGCAUACUUACAUACUUAAGCGGAGUGCAUUAAAACAUAUAUUUGUGUUUAUAAGGUAUAAGACAACUCUCUUAUAUCGGGGAGGGGUAGGGAAUAUGUAAUGAAAGAUCUUUCUUUUCAGACUCGUCAUAUUUCCAAUUAAAAAGUAAAACAGAUCUGAUCCUAUCUGCUCACCGAUCUUAGCAUAGGUAUUCCCCAAACUAUCCCCAGACGCCACUACCACAUCGUAAUCACACCAUUACGAUGGCAAGCCGUGGAGUCCCGAAGACGACCGAGGUGGUUCGAGGCGCACCUGUGAAUAUUGUUCUAAAAGCCGAUCAGCGCACGGGCCGCCAAGUAAGCGGAACUGUUCGUGAUGUUCUAACACGAGGUGACCACCAUCGCGGUAUCAAAGUUCGACUUACUGAUGGUCGUAUCGGGCGAGUCCAGAGCAUGGGCACUACUUCAUCAACAUCAGGAUCAAAUGCUGUCUUCGAUGAUGUAGCAUCAGGAAGCACGUCAAUUAUGGGUGGACCAGUCGAUUUGGUGGAGGGGACUACUUCACAGCCACGUGCGCAUCGCCCGCGUCAUCGGGACGUAAGGCUAGAAGAGCCGCUUGAUGUUCCACCUGAUCAGGCUGACUUAGGUGCAUAUAUUGUACCUUCGAGACGCAAGGGCAAGAAUAAAGAUGGUUCCAAGAAGACUGACCAGCCAGAUGGGUCGGCCCGGGGUGACCAGUCCUUAAGGAGUAACGUGGUGGCAAAUUCUACUACGGAUGUAACAUCGACCACGGUGACAUGUCCAGUGUGUGGCGCGUUCGAAGGAGACGAGAUGGCUGUGGCUCACCACGUGUCGGAACACUUUGAAUAAACGAGUCCGCUGGCGAGCUUCUAGACAAGAUUUGGUGUUGGUUAACUCGAUGGCCAUACGAAGCCAAAUACCGAUCAAAGAAGGGAUUAACCUAGUUAGGAUGUUCUAUAUAAACCGUAGCAGGGUGAUCCUAGAAUACGCUACAUGCCAUGGUAGAGUUCAUUCUCGUGGCCCCUUGGCUCGGUCUGCUCUUCCGCAAUCGGUAUCCUACUCGAUUACCAGCUUUCAUCAUGGUCAUAAGCAUCUAGCCAGCAAUGUGCUCAUAUUAAUCAUUUCCGACAAUGGUGACCUCAAGGUCAUCUCUACUAAAGAGAAAGAUGCCAUCAGGGUGCCCAAACCACCAUCAAGGUUCUCCUACCUGGUCCUUUAUAGCCCCCAGUCAAGUCUAUGGAUUUUCUACUACUAUAUUCUCAUAACACCGAGGGUACCUAAAUAUGACUGAUAGAGAGAUGAGUAAUAUACGGGUUCACGACGUUGUCAUUGUCGGCGCUGGACCCUGCGGCCUUGCC